AUGCAGUACGUUCAGCUUACAAUCGAGCUCAUCACCAAGGCCUUCGAGACAUUUUCUUCUAAGAAGGGAGUGGAGUUUACCAAGAAAGAUGCAAAUAAGAUCUUUAAGGCGCUUGAUGGGGAUAAGGAAGUGGAGAGAUACUACUUUUGUGGAGCAAAGUGCGUCAAGUCCAAGCGUAAAUGCAUGAAGGAAGUUGACGAUGAAGGCAUGCAUUGUUAUGUCCACGAUCCUGCGCGCAAGUAUGAUGGUGAUACGUCUGAUGAUGGUGAUACGUCUGAUGAUGCUGGCUCUGACGAUGAUUCCCCUGAUGAUAAAGACUCUGAUGAUGGCAAGUCCAAUAACAGACCUAAUGUAGAAUCUGGAGAUGAUACCUCUAAGGAUAACCCUGAUGAAAAACUAUCUCAUAAAAAAUCAGAGAAAGACAUAGCACGUGCGAAGGACAGAGGAUGGAUGAUUCAUCCUAAUAACGACAUGCUUGAGUAUGCAACUAAGUUUACGAUGAAUGGCAAGUACAUUGUCAGGCUAUCUGGAAAGAAUACAUACGUUGGCCUGUUUACGCUUGAUGCUCUGCGCGGUGUCGGUGAUGUUCCAGAGUUGGAUAUCUUGGAACGCUCCAUGCUUAGCAAGAUGAAACUUCAACCAUUGUCUGAUGAAGAGAGAAAGACGCUUUUCAACGAGGAGAUCGAAGUAGAAGAAGAAGUACCAGUAGAAGGACCAACAGAUAAAUCCAAGGUGAUAUGGAAAAAACUUAACAAGUACUUGGAAUAUUCCGAGAAUGUACUUGUAAAUGGAAUGCACAUUCUCAAGAUGCGCAAAAAAGACACUGUAAUCGGCUUGAUGACUGAUGACCAUAUUGCUGCAGAGAAUGUAGAGUGUCAUUCUCUUAGCCAGAAGGAAAAAGAGAAGUUGUUUGCUAUGGGAUUUAAACCGCAUGAGCAUAAGCAAAGCUUGCCACAGAAAGAUGAGAGCACAUGUGAGGAUGAUAAAGAUGCUGAGGGCGAUAAAGAUGCUGAGGAUGACAAAGAUGCGGUGGGUGAUAAAGAUGCUGAAGAUGACAAAGAUGCUGAGGGUGAUAACGAUGCUGAGGAUGACAAAGAUGCUGAGGGUGAUAACGAUGCUGAAGAUGAUAAAGAUGCUGAGGAUGAUAAAGAUGCUGAGGAUGUUAUGUGGAAAAGAAGCAUGAAUAUGCAACCAACUACCUUUUCGACGGAUGUCAUCUGCUCAAGAGGGGCCGCUAUGGAGAUCGACACCCUCCAUGUUGCUAUCAACAACCUCUCCGCACAAGUCAGCUACCUUUCGCGCCGAUCCGGCUACAACCACAGCCAGCACAACACCAAACCCUUUAUCUACAACCCCAAUACCCACUACAAACCCGGCGGUCCUCUUCCUCCCAAGCUAUCACAAGAAGAGAAAGACUACCUCUACAAGAAUGGUGGCUGCUACAAGUGCCGUAAACUUGGCCACCUUGGGCCCGAUUGCAGGACUUUUCCUUCGACUUCACGCCCGGCACGACAGUUCAACAAUAUCGAGGUUGCCGACACCCCAACCCCUCAACAGGCUACUUCCCAGGCUCAGUCGGGAAAAGCCAACAGCAACUAG